GACAGCGGCGGCGUCUUUGCUCCUGGUCCUUCCCCGCGCAGGCGCGGUGGCGCGGGGGGCCUUGACUUGCGGCCCCGCCUCAACGAGCGGGAUACACCUCAUCGGCCUGGGUCUCCCAGGGCCCCACCGGGGAGAUGCCUCGCUAUUGCGCAGCGAUUUGCUGUAAAAACCGCCGGGGACGGAACAAUAAAGACCGGAAGCUGAGUUUUUACCCGUUUCCUCUACAUGACAAAGAAAGACUUGAAAAAUGGUUAAAGAAUAUGAAACGAGAUUCAUGGGUUCCCAGUAAAUACCAGUUCCUGUGUAGUGACCAUUUUACUCCUGACUCUCUUGACAUCAGAUGGGGUAUUCGGUAUUUGAAGCAAAAUGCAAUUCCAACAAUAUUUUCUUUGCCUGAAGACCAUCAGGAAAAAGACCCCUACCAAAAAAAAUGUCAGAAGAAAAAAUUAGAUGAUAAGAAAGAAUUGUGUCUAAAAGCCAAGUCAGAAGAAUCAAAUGAGCCAAAGAAAAAUACAGUUAACACAGAUGUCCUCCCUGAACAUGCAGAAUUACUUGAUUCGUCUGCCUUGGUGAAGCCACCAGCUCCAAAAACAGAAAUUAUGCACAAUAACAUAUUAACUCUUAAUCUAGUUAAACAAGAUACUGGAAAACCAGAAUUUACCUUGGAAACACUAGUUAACCAACACAUAGGUAUAGGUGGUUUUCACACAUCCUUUGAGAAUCUAAAUUCUACAACUAAUACGUUGACAACUUCAAAAUCAGAAGGUAUCCAGCAGUCUUUGGAAACCCAGGAAGUGCUUGAAAUAACUACGGAUCAUUUUACUAAUCCGAACGUUACAAAUAAUUCCAUGGGAAUUAAGGCAGCACAGGAAAAUCCAUUCUUGUUCAGCACAAUUACUCAAACGGUUGAAGACUUGAACACAAGUAAAGAACCUGUUAUUGCCAUUUUUGUGCCCACAGAAAAUUCCAAAGCUACAAUUAACUCUUUUAUACCUGCCCCAAAAGAAACUGUGGAAAUGGAAGACGUAGACAUUGAAGACCCCUUAUGGCAGAAUGUGGACUAUGACACAGAAGUUCUGCAAAGUGAACAUUCUUACUGUAGGCAAGACACAAAUAAGGAACAUCUUUGGCAGAAAGUCUCUAAACUGCAUUCAAAGAUAACUCUUCUUGAGCUACAAGAGCAGCAAACUCUAGGGAGAUUGAAGUCUUUGGAAGCUCUUAUAAGGCAGCUGAAACAGGAAAACUGGCUCUCGGAAGAAAAUGUCCAGAUUAUAGAAAACCAUUUCACAACAUACGAAGUUACUAUGAUAUAGAGUUCCUAACGCUGUGACUUUUAUAUAAGCAUUUUGCAGCCAAAGCAAAUUAUGUGAAAAGUGAACUUUUCCUGUAUAAAAUUCUCCUUUAA